UUUGGGGCUGCGGUCGGUCCGCAGCUCGCAGGUCACAUGGCCUGCCAGAGCUAGGGGACCUCGCGCAGGAGCUGCGCCUUGGGAGGAGGUGAGGCUUCCCCGCGCACCCAAACCCGGCUGAAACGGGCCUCAGGGUCCGGCUAUGGAUCCUCCAUAGAAGAUGAUCAAGACAGCCUAGGCGACACCAGCAGAUGCCUUCCGCGUGCGCAGGAGACCGAGAUGACCGCCCUCACUGGGUUUGACUUGCACUGAUUUUGGCCUGUGAUCCAGGAUGAUUUGUUCUUGGGACCAGACCUGACCAGAAGUUGACCUCAUGAGCACUUCAACCUCUCCAGCUGCCAUGCUCCUCCGGAGGCUGAGGCGGCUCUCCUGGGGCAGCACUGCUGUCCAGCUCUUCAUCUUAACGGUGGUGACUUUUGGCUUGCGCCCCCUGGCCUGUCACCGGCUCCUGCACUCUUACUUCUACCUGCGCCACUGGCAUCUGAACCAAAUGAGCCAAGAGUUCCUGCAGCAAAGCUUGAAAGAGGGUGAAGCUGCCCUCCACUACUUUGAGGAGCUGCCCUCUGCCAAUGGCUCAGUGCCCAUCGUCUGGCAGGCCACGCCCCGCCCCUGGCUGGUCAUCACCAUCAUCACUGUGGACAGGCAACCUGGCUUCCACUACGUCCUGCAGGUGGUGUCUCAGUUCCACCGGCUACUUCAGCAGUGCGGCCCCCAGUGCGAGGGGCACCAGCUCUUCCUGUGCAAUGUGGAGCGGAGCGUGAGCCACUUCGAUGCCAAGCUGCUGUCCAAGUACGUCCCUGUGGCCAACCGCUAUGAGGGCACUGAGGAUGACUACGGCGAUGACCCUUCGACCAACUCAUUUGAGAAAGAGAAGCAGGACUAUGUCUAUUGCCUGGAAUCCUCCCUGCAGACCUACAACCCAGACUAUGUCCUGAUGGUGGAAGAUGACGCCGUCCCAGAAGAGCAGAUCUUCCCAGUCUUGGAGCAUCUUCUGCGGGCUCGGUUCUCGGAGCCGCACCUCAGAGAUGCCCUUUAUCUAAAGCUCUAUCACCCCGAAAGGCUCCAGCACUACAUCAACCCGGAGCCCAUGCGGAUCCUGGAGUGGGUCGGUGUCGGCAUGUUGCUGGGGCCCUUACUAACCUGGGUAUACAUGCGGUUUGCCAGCCGGCCGGGGUUUAGCUGGCCCGUCAUGCUCUUCUUCUCCCUGUAUAGCAUGGGUCUGGUUGAGCUGGUGGGCCGGCACUAUUUCCUGGAGCUGCGGCGGCUGAGUCCUUCCCUGUACAGUGUGGUCCCUGCUUCGCAGUGUUGCACCCCGGCCAUGCUCUUCCCUGCCCCCGCGGCCCGCCGGACCCUCACCUACCUGUCUCAGGUGUACUGUCACAAGGGCUUCGGCAAGGACAUGGCACUGUACUCACUGUUGAGGGCCAAAGGGGAGCGGGCCUAUGUGGUGGAGCCCAACCUCGUGAAACACAUCGGGCUCUUCUCCAGCCUCCGGUACAACUUUCACCCCAGUCUGCUCUAGCCUGCCAAGAAGUGCCUUUCUGAAAUUGGCCACUUCUUGGAGAUUCAACUAUUGCGCUUUUUAUUUGGACAUGGUUGCUUGCAGAAAUUUCAUUGUUUAAGGUUGCUAGGGAUAUAGGCACUGGAAUGGCUGAGGAACAUACAAGUCAAGAAUUGCGGCUUUGGUAACUCACUGGCAGGAGCAAACUGUUCGUUGGGGUCCAGACCUCUCUCCCUCCACACAGCCACACUGCCUCAUGCAGUCCAACCCACCCAACGAGGGAAAUUUAAAUACCAGUUAUAUUCUCCAAUUAUUUUUCGCUCUGCUUCUGUGAUAGAGCUUGUGACUGCCAAAAAUUUUGUGCACAGUGAUAUGACUGGUUUAGGAUUUUAAGGGAGAAUUUGGCAAAAGGUGAGAUUCUUUUGCAGUGACUUCUUUCUCACUGGGAAUGAGAAUGGAUGUAUGUUUAGAAUAUAUGUCUCAAGAGGCAGGACCAUGUUGAUAGAUUGUAUUUGUUUCCUUGACCUGGUGUAAUAAAAGCCAUGCAGGGCCUGGAAUCUUGGAGGCAGGUGA